GCACAGGACUUCGGGGCCGAAAUUCACAUUCAGAUUCAUACACACGGUCUCUCACACACACACACACACACACACACACUGCUCAGUGGUGUCUGUACACCAUGGCCUUGCUGGAGCUCGCUAUGCAAGGCUUCUCGAUCUUCGGAUUUAUUUUAUUUAUUGUCCUCUGGCUCAUGCAUUUCAUGUCCAUCAUCUACGUCCGCUUGCAUCUCAAUAAGAAGAGCGGCGAUAAACAGCCGUACAGCAAACUGGCCGGAGUUUCGCUGCUCAAACCUCUGAAGGGCGUCGACCCCAACCUCGUCAGUAACCUCGAGACCUUCUUCGAGCUCGAUUACCCCAAGUAUGAAAUCCUGCUCUGUGUGCAAGAUCACGACGAUCCGGCCAUCGACGUGUGUAAGAAGCUGCUGGGGAAAUACCCGAGUGUCGACGCCCGCUUGUUCAUAGGCGGUAAGAAGGUCGGCAUCAAUCCAAAAAUAAACAACCUCAUGCCAGGGUACGAGGGAGCAAAAUAUGACCUGGUGUGGAUCUGCGACAGCGGCAUUCGAGUGAGGCCCGACACGCUGACGGACAUGGCCAGUCAGAUGACGGAGAAGGUGGGUCUGGUGCAUGGCCUCCCGUACGUCGCUGACCGUCAGGGAUUCGCUGCUACGCUCGAGCAGGUGUAUUUCGGAACCUCCCACCCCCGCUCCUACAUCUCAGCUAACGUGACAGGGAUAAAGUGUGUGACGGGAAUGUCGUGUCUGAUGAGGAAGGAUGUUCUGGACCAGGCAGGAGGCCUGAUCGCAUUUGCUCAGUACAUCGCUGAGGAUUACUUCAUGGCCAAAGCCAUCGCUGACAGAGGAUGGAAAUUUUCCAUGGCGACGCAGGUAGCCAUGCAGAACUCCGGCUCCUAUUCCAUCGCCCAGUUCCAGUCACGCAUGAUCAGAUGGGCGAAGCUGCGUAUCAACAUGCUGCCUGCCACCAUCAUCGAGCCCAUCUCCGAGUGCUUCGUGGCCAGCCUGAUCAUCGGCUGGUCAGCGCAUCACAUGUUCCGCUGGGACAUCAUGGUGUUCUUCAUGUGCCACUGUCUCGCCUGGUUCAUCUCUGACUACAUCCAGCUCCGAGGAGUCCAGGGCGGGUCGCCGUCCUUCUCUAAGCUGGACUACGCCGUGGCCUGGUUCAUCCGGGAGUCCAUGACCAUCCAGAUCUUCCUCUCGGCGCUCUGGGAUCCUACCAUCAGCUGGAGGACAGGACGCUACCGGCUACGCUGCGGCGGCACGGCCGAGGAAAUACUGGACGUGUAAAGAAAAAACAUCCAGAGGAAAGAAAAAAAAAAAAGCACCUUGAAGCAGUGGACACACUUGUGACAAAACAGGAAGUGGGCGGAGUCAGAACACGCAGAAAUAACUGCUUAGAAUCAUUUCAGAUUAUUGACCUGUGUGAGUUUUAAGAAGUGAAUCAGUCUCUUUUCUUUUUCUUUUUUUGUUUUAGAUUUUUACGAACCUGUGUUUGUGUGUUUGUGUGUUUGUGUGGGUGUGUGGGUGUGUGUGUGUGGGUGG